UCGAAAUCAACGGAGUCCUCUCGAACGGAAUUGCUAUUUGUAUCAGUAUUUUAGACAUUUGUGUAACUUUGUUCGAAACUUUUUUUCCGAAUGCUGCUGGAAUUCAAAAGAGCAGCUCGUUUAUGGCGACUUUCAGACGUUGAGACGCGCGUCUUGCGAUAUGUCUUGCGAAGAUGACAGUUUUUACUAACCUUUUAGAUCUAGACGGCGAAUUAAAUCAGCAAUGAAUUAUAGAAAAUCAGAAGCAAAGGUUAACGCUAUAGUCAAUGAAGUUCUCGACGAGAAUCGAGAAGACGCGGCGCAAUCUCAGGAUUGCCCGAACGAUUGCGAAGGAUCUCAAAGUACGCCCAAGGAAAUACCGUGGCAGUGCAAGUGCGGUAUAGAGACCUCGUCGAGGUUCUCGCUGCGCGUGAUGGAGGCAAUGCGCGCGUUGCAGCGCGACGUGGAUCAGCCGCCCACGUCCAGCGCCGAGGACAUCGUCGACUACAUCCGGGCCAACUAUCGCAACGACGGCGAUCUUUACGCACAGGUGCGGACCGCGCUGAGACAGAUUUGUCUUGGAGUUAUUGAGAAACGAGUACCACCUGGUCGGUCCUGUUGUCAGUACAAAACGGAAAUAUGGAUGCUCCCUAGAUUGCGAAGGUCGCGCGGAUCUAUCAACGAUGGACGAUAUUUCGAGAAGAAGAGACAACAACAAUCGCGAAAACGGAUCGCCGCGUCGAACUCCACGAACGACGUUCGAGGAAUCGAUCGACGAAAGAGACAACGCAGAUCGUGGCGACGUGGAGGAAUUCGUUCUUCGACGCGACCAACGACGUGACGAAGCGGAGCCGAUACCGGGACCUUCUAGAGAAUUCGAGAGAACACCUUCGCGAAUUCCAAACGGCAAGGCAAAGAAAGUGCGAUUGGACGAUCAAAGGGACGUGCAACGUGCGGACGAGAUGGAGGCAGAUUGCGUCAUCUGCAACGCCGAGGAGGAUCGAGUUCCCCACGAACGUCCGAGAGGACGACCUCGUGGGAAUCGACGAAGAAGAGGCCGCCCUCGCGAAAAUGGAGAACAAGAUGAAGAAAAUGAUGAAGAAAAUGAUGAGGAAGAUGAAG